ACUUAAGGCUGGAGAGAGAGAGAGAGAGAGAGAGAGAGAGAGAGAGAGAGAGAGGAGAGAGAGAGAAAGAGAAAGAGAAAGAAAGAGAGAGAGAGAGGAGAGAGAGGAGAGAGAAUACAGAGGAGAGAGAGAUAGAGAGUGAUAGAGAGAGAGAGUCCAGCGUGCUGCUACAGCUCAACUUGCAGCUCAGAGGAGCUCAGAGGAGCUCAGAGGAGUUCAGAGGAGCAUGCUGGAGAGUCUCUGGUCUGGUUUUGUCUCUGUGUGUGUAAACUCUGAUGGAUGGAUGUAAAGCUCGUUUCUCUCUCAGUGAACGCAUAGAUGACUAGAGGACGCUCAGCUGGUUGAUAAUCUGCUGUCACAAACAUCCCAGUGAGAUCUCCUCCUCCUCCUGCUCCUGCUUCCUGCUUGUCGGUAUGGACGGUCUGCAGCCUCCGGACCCUGCUGCUGGAGGAGUGAACCCGGAGGAGAGGUACCGAGCGCUCGCCUUCGACACCGCGCUGAGCACCCUGGUGGCCGUGGCCGUGUACGUGGUGGUGAAGGUGAGCCUGGACGGCAUCAGACAGUGGCGGGCCCGGAUCUCGGUGCUCGUGGUGGGUUCCGGUCCCGUGGGUCUGACGGCCGCGCUGGUCGCUGUCCGCUCCGGUAAGGUGCUGAAGCUGACCGUGCUGGAUGAACGGUACCGGACCAACCUGCUCUGCCGGCCCCAGCAGAUCGCUCUGGAUCCCCGCAGCGUGAAGUUCCUGCUGGGACUCGGAGUGGACUUUGACAACAUGGAGGGAUGCUGGCACAACGAGCACUUCUUCACCAGGAUAGGAGUGUUUCAGGAGUACCUGCUGAGCAUCCUGGAGCAGAAGAAACACAAGGUGGACGUCAAGGUGCAGCUGGGGACCAAGUUUACAGAGGAAUACUUGCGGCGGAUCCCACGGAACGAGUGGCCUCGUGUGAUCGUGGUGGCCGACGGGUCGUGUGGCGACUCCUGCUCGGUGCUGGGCAUCAGCUCUGACUACACUGUAGAGUCCUGCCAUGCCUACGGAGCUAAUGCAACUAUAGAGAGACUAGACCAGAGACAGGUACCCACUCCUGAGAUCCGUGCCCACAGCCUCUACUUCGACCUGUCCGCUUACGGGAUGGAGGCCCUCCGAGAGCACCGAAACCCCACGGCCAAACCGGGCUUCCACCUGAAGAUCUAUGGCACCUUCAGAAACCGCUACAUGGCCCUCGUCUGCCCCGCCUCUGACACCAAGAUGGUUCGCUUCCUCAGGCACACGGCCAACUCCUCUAUCAUGAAGAACAUUUUCCACCAGUCCUUCAACGUCUAUAAGACGGACAUAGAGCCUCGUCUCAACGAUGUGACGCUCCACCACAUGCAGUGCAGCCGCCGUCUUUUUGAGAUUCAGCUAUCACACAGACGCAUCAGCGCUGCCUACAUAGAGGGGGACAAUGUGGCGGUGACCGUGGAGGGGGAGGCGGCACGCGUCCUCAACUUCGACACAGGUAGUGGGGUAAAUCUCGGUAUGCGGGGUCUGGAGUCAAUGGGGACGUUCAUUUACCGGACGGCCAGCGCCGUGGACCAGAAUGACAUUCUAGAGGCGCUGUCAGCUAAGAUGCAGCACUCCAGACAGGUGGCGGAGACCUUCAAGCAGGCAGGCCUGGUUCAAUCGGUGUAUGAAUGAAACUCAAGGGCAAACUGGUGAAUGCAUAAUGCCACCUGGUGGAUAGUGGUGGUGGGGUUAUUUGUGUUUACAGUGAAUGUUUACAAUGAGUCAUGAGUCCGAGAUGGACCACUAAUGGUUACGCACCGAAUGGAGCUGAGCGAGCGUAAGCUGUGAACAGAUGGAUAAUGGAUGUAAAGAUGAGACCAUAAGUCUUUGUGACAAACAGUGGGCGGAUCUAUUCAUAAUGGAUGGAGCGAGAACAAUCAAGGCCACAUUUGGUGCAAUGCAUUUCAAGCUGUUCUGAUUUUUCAGGUUGCAAAGCUUCGUUAAUACAGCAAACUGUGGCAGAAAGAGAUAAAGAGAGAUAUAAUCUUUUACCGUUGCAAUGAAACCAUAUACAUUGACUACUAAUGCACUGCACUUUGGAUUUCUCUGCAAAGUGAGAGAAUGUAGCGGAAAUAAAUCCAGCCCUGAGAGAUUAGGAGUGGUUGGAGUAAACGAAAACUCCUCCUCUAACUCCUGUGAUCCUUAUCAUGUUCAUCACUGUCGUCUUCGCCUUUUAUUGGGGAAAGAAUUAACUUGAUUUCCCAAAUCUAGCGGAUUGUGCUCUCUGGACAUCAACGAUGCUAGAGGAAAUGAGACGGUGCCGUAGCGUCAUCGGCUAGAACUGAAUGAUGUAUAAAACUGUUAACAUCCAUGAUUUAACAGAAGAACACACGUGUAAGUCCAAUGUGUUAUUAUCAAGCCUUUUGUCUUAGUGUUUGUUUGACAAUGUGGUGAUAAUUGUGGUGAUGACGUCCUAAAGUGUUCGCUGGAGUGGCCUAUUUUGUGUGCUGCUUUGUAAAAAUUAAGAUUUUUUGGCGUAUUUCAAAAUGUUACUGCAAUCAUAGUAUGAGCCAACUGUAAUAUCACAGAUUAGAUUUGCUGGUGUCACAUUUUUAUAUUUUGCUCCAGGUGAUCUAAAAGGACUCGAGUAUCACCCCUAAAAGUAUAUUUCGGAUGAAGGAGAGUAUGCUGAUGAUGAUGUCCUGCUCCUGUUGAAGUGCCAAUAAAGAUGGUGAUUUUGUUAAAGUGA